AUGGCUCUCGAGGCCCCUCUCCGAUCCUCGCUGCAAUUCCCCUUCGCAAGCUCGCCUGCCAUGUCAGCCGCAUCGGGAUCUGGGUCCCUCCACUCGCCCGCCAGAGUUGUCUCCUCCCCUCCUCCUACGACCGACUCGUCGUCCCUCCUUCCUAGCUCCGCCAGCCGUAUAUCCUCCAACUCCAACGUGAUGAGCCCCAGUGACAUUGUCGGCCCCUCGCCAGUCACCUCCAACGGCACCGAGACCACCGAGAUCGAAGACGACGCUACCGAGGAGGUGCGGCGUGCUUCGUAUGCCGACGCCGCUCCCGAGCACCUUAGAUAUGAGACUCUGAGUCUCGCGACUGACAUCCCGGAAAACGUGCGCCAAGGCGGCGAGGAGGCCGUGUCCGUCAUUCACGCCCCCGAGACUUUCUCCAGCUGGAAAUCACCACCGACCGGAGAGAACCAGCAAGGCGACGCUGGCAAGUCAAGCCAGCCGAACGAACGCGAAGCUAGUCUGGCCACUCUCAGCGGCGGCGAGCCUUCAAGGGUCGGUAUAUGCCCGCAAUCUCCGCAAGAGCACGUGCAUCUUUCUCGACCACCCAUCUCCACCGACGUGAAGCCCAUCCGCUUCACCCUAGACAGCACCACCCCGCGAGCCCAGGACCUGGACGACAUGCUGAGCGACGGAAGCCGUCUACGCUCCAGCAGCACAGGGAGCCUCGAGAAGAUCGAAGAGCAGACGGAGAAUGAGGGUGACGACGAAGGAUACGACUCCCGCACCUAUCCUGGUCAGGACGAUGACGACGAGAUCACGUCUCUCCGGAUGGCCUUCCAGGACAGCUGGAAGCUGUGCAACACGUUUGCCAGCCUGAGCUACGGCCAUAGGUCCAAGGUCUUCCACAGCUCCGGCACCCCGGAUGCCUACGGCAGGGCGUGGAAGUCAUGCUGGAAGCUCUGCCGCGUGCUCCAGAGCAGCUCCGAGGACCGUGCAGAGGUCCUCAACGUCAGCACGAGCCUGGAGCACUGCCGCGACUUCUGCCAGGCUCUGUUUGAUAUCCGCGACAGCACUGACCCGGCCACGGAUUCCAUCCUCCGUGUUAGCUUUGAACUCAACAAGCAUUCUCAGGACCGACACCUGCCCGACGAAUUCAUGGAGCGAACGCUCGACUUCUACAUCACACUAUGUCACCGGCUGAUGAAGCAGCGCGGCGGAUACUCUGAUGAGACGGAUCAGCUGCUCCGCGCAUGCUGGGGCCUAGCCGAGAUGCUCUUCAACCUGCGACAGAGCAAGCUCGAGCGACGUGCUCCCGACGAGACGCUCCUCAAGUCUGCCGUGCAGGCCUGCUGGGACCUCAUGGACAUCUACCGCCACGGCUGGUCUCAGGUGCAGCCGGACCGCAACACGCCGCGACCCAGCCAGGCAAGCUUCGGGUCUCUGCCGUCGGACCGUGCCGAGAGUCGGACAUCGAACCGAUCAUCACGCCGCGGCGGCGGGCGCGAGAGCGCCAAGAGCAGCCGACGAGAGGACAAGCACCAGCAGAAGCACCAGCACCAGCACCAGCACCAGCACCAACAGCAGCCGCAGCAGCCGCAGCAGCCGCAGCAGCCGCAGCAGCAGGCGUCCCCGCCGUCGCGCAAGCAAACGCACGCCAUCCCCGAGACGCCGGUGACCGAGUUCGAAGACACGCCCGUCUCGCCGGAGAGCCGGUCCCCGCAGAUGCCCAACAUCAUGGUGCUGGGGACGGCGGGCGACAACGGCCGGGGCGGGCGGUGGUCCAGCAACGCGUCCAACCUGUCGAGCUACUCGCAGAGCACCAAGAGCAGCACGCGGACGUCGAGCACGGCGACGACGACGGCCACGGCCUCGGCCAACGAGGACGUCAACCUCGGCCGGGCCAAGGUGCUCGUCCUCCGCGCGGCCAUGAACCUGGGCCUCAACCGGGACGCCGUCGCCUCCUCGGACCCCAAGAUGGGCUCGGCCUACUUCCAGAAGUUCGUGCAGAGCCUGCCGCCCGACGCCUUCGCCUCCCAGAGGACGCUGCUGGACCAGUACAAGAACUCGGUCCUGACGGACAACAUCAUCCCGCGUGGCCAGGCCCUCCCGGCCCGAGGCAAGAGGGUCAGCGCCCACGACAUGGCCAAGAGCGUGCACAUCAUGGCGCAGUCAUCUACGCGGUACACCUACCUGCGUAACCUGUUUGGUCUGGUCUUUCAGUUUCCCAUCGACGAGGUCGAUUCACGAAGAAACGUCUAUAUUUCUAUCUAG